ACCACACGUUCACCUCUCCCAUUGCUUCACCUCGGUCGAGUAGACCUAUUCGUCAUAUUAUUUCCUGCUCACAACCAAACCAGAUUAGCGAUCGUGUCUACCAUCACUCCCUGAUCUCUGUACGGUCGUUCUCGGCAGAAAACCAAUCUUCAACCAUGACGAGCCUCAACUCGGAUACCCCAGGCGCGGUUGGCGGAGCGAGUGAUUCCCUCUCCACCCAGGCCGCCGGUCUGCCCGAUGGUGGCGCCAAGGUUGCCAAUGACAAGGACGAGACUACCGACCCACCUAAGGUCGUUCAGAAAAUCCCGGAGGCCUUGGCAGGUUGGGCUCCAUUGACCCCGUACGACUACAACAAUGAGGCUCCGACGGAGUGGGACGGCAAUGCUGCUGUCUAUCACUGGGAUGGCGAGUUGGGUGAGGUCGGCCCUGAACACGCCGACCUUGAGAUUCAGCUGUUUGGCCCCCCCAACCGUCGCCAGUCCCAAGGCAUUGACUUUUCAAAAAUCGCCUCCAUUGAGUUGUAUCAGGAGGGCCCCGUUCGCGUUAAGCCCAUCUCGAAAUUCGAGGAUGCCGGCCUUCACCCUGUCAUGCUUCGGAACGUUGAGCUGUCAGGAUAUAAGAUCCCGACCCCGAUCCAACGUUACUGCAUCCCAGCAAUCAACAUGGGAUAUGAUGUGAUCGCCGUUGCCCAAACCGGAUCUGGAAAGACGGCUGCCUAUUUGAUUCCGAUCUUGAACAAGCUCAUGGGCAAGGCCAAGAAGCUUGCGGCGCCUCGCCCUAACCCAGUGACUUAUCGCCCUGGAAUUGAUGCUCCCGUCCGCGCUGAGCCGCUUGUUGUUAUUGUCUGCCCAAGCCGCGAGCUUGCUGUCCAGAUCUUCAACGAGGCUCGCAAGUUUUGUUACCGGACCAUGCUGCGCCCUUGCGUGGUCUAUGGAGGCGGACCUAUGCACGAUCAGGUCGAUCAGCUUCAGAAGGGAUGUGACAUCUUGGUCGCUUCGCCCGGCCGUCUGGUCGACUUUAUUGAGCGUCCUCAUCUCUUGACUCUCCGUCGAGUGCGCUACAUGGUCAUUGACGAAGCGGACGAGAUGCUUGAAACCGCGUGGAGCGACGAGCUCAAUAAGAUCAUGACUGGUGGUGAACAGGAAGAGGGAAACAUCAAGUAUAUGCUCUUCUCAGCCACAUUCCCCAAGGAAGCUCGGGAUCUUGCGGCAACUCAUUUGGCGGAGAACUAUGUUCGACUUCGUGUUGGUCGUGCUGGAAGUACCCAUGAGAACAUCAAGCAGAGUGUCGUCUUUGUCGAUCCUUCGAUGAAGCGACAGGCGCUAUUUGACCUGUUGCACUCGCUUCCCCCCACGCGUACCAUCGUAUUUGUCAACAGCAAGCGUGCCGCCGACGAGGUGGACGACUUUUUGUUCAACAAGGGUAUGCCCUGUGCGUCAAUUCAUUCGGACCGGACUCAGAAGGAGCGUGAGGCCGCCAUGCGUGCCUUCCGCGCCGGCACAUCCCCGCUCCUGGUCGCCACCGGUGUCACUGCUCGUGGUAUUGAUGUGCGAAACGUUAUGCACGUCAUCAACUACGACAUGCCGUCUCUUGACUACGGUGGCAUUGAGGAAUACACUCACCGCAUUGGACGAACGGGCCGUAUUGGUCACCGCGGUCUCGCCACUUCCUUUUACUGCGACCGAGAUGAGCCUAUUGCUUCUGUGCUCACUCGCACGCUCCUGGAGACCAACCAGGAGGUUCCUGACUUCCUGCAGCAGUACAUUCCAGAGGGAGAUGCCCGUACCAACCUGAAGUUUGAGGCGGAUUCGGACUUUGAUGAGACUGAGGCUGCUGAGACUGGAGAUGACGGCGGAGUUUGGGGUGAUGAAUCCGGGGACCAGCCUACCACCGGAGACGGAGGUGGUUGGGGCACUACUGACAACAACAAUGCCGAUGCUGUUGGCGGAGGCGCUUCGGGCAAUGGCAAUACCUUUGCCAGCCCCCAGGCUGCUGUGGAGGAGUCAACCGGCUGGUAAAUCUAUCAGCUCUGCUGAUACCAGCCUUGCUGAUGUGUGGUGCGUUGGGAAUCUUCUUUGAGUUAUCCUGAAUGGUGCGGGAAUAAAAGUUUGACUAAGAGUUGUGGACUCUAGUGCCGAAUAUAUUUGCCACCUAGCACAUUCUCGAUUAGGUAGCUUAGCAUGUCGUGGUGAUUCGGAAUACCUG